ACCACUCACGACGGAGUAACCCAAGGUCACGGCGGAGUAUACACUAAUUCUCCUUUUGAUCAUUGAUACCCAUAACUUCACCACCAUUAGUACCGAUUUCAAUCAUAAACCCUAGAAAAUUCCCCAAUUAAACUUCACACUAUGACACCAUCAUCAACAGCAGCAGCCGAUGUCGCUACCAACACCUACAGCACCACCGCCGAAAUCCGCCAUGCAAUCCGUCCAUGGUUCGACGACUUCCUCUCCUCCUUCACUCUCCCACUCUCCUUCCAUGAACUCUCCCUCCGUCUCCAGAAAAACCUCUACACCUUCCGUGGCAACUACACCAUCAUCUCACUCCUCAUCUUCAUCUUAACCCUAAUUUUCCGCCCAAUCGCCGCAAUCGUCUUCCUACUCAUCAUCGCCGCUUGGAUCUACCUCUUCUUCGCCAGAGACGAGCCGUUGGUUGUUUUCGAUUUCGAAAUCGGCGAUCGCCUGGUUCUGAUUUCGUUAACCUUGAUUACUAUCGUUUCGGUGGCUGUGUCUGGGGUUUGGUGGAACCUAUUUCUCACAAUUUUAAUUUCGGCUCUCCUGAUCUGCUUACACGCCAUAUUGAGGACUCCUGAUGAUAUCGAAUCUCCAUACGGAGCCUUGCUUUCGGUUGUCGAUGAAGAUGGAGCUUCACGAGGAUCUUACAUGCAGGUUUGAUCGAAUUGUAGAAGAACAAAAAUCGAUGUGAUUCAUAAUUUUAGCAUUGGGAUAGUAACAAUUUUUCAUUGAUCAUUGCUGGUACUAUAUUAAUAUACAUUCAUACAUUUUGAUUUACAAUCAUCGAUCUCGUUUCAACGUGAUUUGUGUCAUUGCUCUUCAUUUGAUUUCAUCUAGUGAUCCAAUUUUGGUCUGAUUUGUGUUCUUAAUCAGUGUCUGUAUUUU